AUGGCGACAACAUCACCUCAUUAUUUACAAUCACACUACAUUAAUCCAGCGAGUCUAAUGGAGCUCAAAGUGCUCAGCCAAGUCGUGACGCAAAUGCAACAACAAGGCAAUGUCAAGGGCAGUAUUCCGUACCUCGCCAAAAUCUGUCAAAUUGUCGACAAUCAACAGACACAAGACAAGAAAAAAACAGCACUCGACCCCGUACGAGCCCAAGCUCACGCACAACUUGCGGACGCGUAUUUCAAAACCCAACAAUGGGUCCAAUGUGAAGCAUCAUUGACUUUGGCUGUCAAGAUAUGGGAAAAAGAUCGCGACAGCAAUGCGACCUCGCUUGCUCAUGCCUAUGAUCAGUUAAUACCUUGUUAUGAGACUUUGGGCAAGCAAAAAAUGGCUGAAUACAUGGAGCAACGAAAAGCCAAGUUGAUGGUUGCAUCAUCAUCAUCAUCACCACCACCGGAACCUUCUACAUCCUCAUGA